AUGACUAAUUCUGCUGAUUAUUUUCGUGAAUACAAUCAAAGACCUAAAAGAAAAAAAUAUCUUGCUGACAAAUCCUUAGAAAGAUAUCAUAAAACAAAAAAAGGAGUGGAACAUAACCUCCUCAGUAAACCAGCCAAAAGAGCUUUAUUGGAAAAAGAAAAAGAACAUUUUAGAUUAACCCAAGAAUUAAAACUUCACCAGCAUAAUUUAGACAAACCCAAAACUCCUUUGGAAGAAUAUGAAAAGCAAUGUCUACUAAAAAAAAUUGAGAUUGGUCAAAGAAAACUUGACAAAUGCGAGGGUGAAAUGAAAGAACUUGGAGAGGCUUAUCAAAUUGAAAAACGAGAACUCUGUAAGCGUUUGGCUUAUGACAAAGAAGAUAUUCCAGAUGCUUUUUUAAGAAAUCCCGAAGAACGAAUUGACCCAAUUACUAGACAAUUAGUGAUUAACCACGAAGAUUAUUCGAAAUGA